ACAGUCUGAGUGUGAACUUGUUCCUAUAUUUUUUUGGCUCAAUUCAAAGUAUACAUAUUUUUCUUUUGUCUUUUUCCUAUUGUUACGCCUAAACUUUUGUCUACUAUUUUUAUGAAUAUGGUGGAACCUACUGCUACUGAAGCUUCCAAUACCUUUUAUAUUGAUUUCAAAAAAGGAAAACAAGUUAUAGAAGACGCGAUCGAACAAUCCAAACAAUUACCCAAAGAUCAAUUAUCAGAUCACUUUAGUAGUAUACUUCAACAAAUCAAUCAAUUAGAUAAGCAGAUUACCAAAGCAACAACUUAUAUACCCUCUUAUGAUGAACGACAAUAUGCCUUGCAAAUCCGGGAACUCACAGGUUUACUUGAUGCGGUUCGUAUGCAAUUAACUCCUAAACCCAAAUUCUCAUUCAAAAGCAAACUCGGCAAAUCGAAACCCAAAGAUAAUACUGUGGCUACUGUUACUACUACUAGUACUCUUACUGCUGGUCCUUUGGACAACAUUAGCACCUCUUUAUUGGAAAAUACGAUCAAUUUCACGAACAUGGAAAAUCAAGUAUUAACAUUAUCGGAAAAAGGGGAAGAAGUAUCAAACGCAGUGGAUAUAUCAUUAUCAUAUUUGACAAGAUGCGUGAUCUGGUUACCAACAAAGACAAUUCAUAUUUCGGCGGUACAUAUCAAGCAACUUAAAGAAUGUAUCAUUGUAUGUGGCAAGGUUGAAGGUUCUAUCUUGAUGUAUGGUCUUGAAGAUUCAAUUUUGGUGGUAGAUUGUCAUCAGUUUCGGAUGCAUGAUGCUCAUAAUGUGGAUGUCUUAUUGCAUGUCUCAAGCCGACCUAUUAUGGAAGAUUCAAACGAUAUCCGGGUUGGUGAUAAAGAACAAAAGUCAUCCACUAAUUAUUUUGAUCAGAUGGAUGAUUUCAAUUGGUUGAAACAACAUGCCUCUCCUCAUUGGAAGGUGAUGGAUAAUGAUAGAAAAGAACAAUUAGGUUAUUCGACUCGCAGCUUGAUAGGAUUAGAACAGUUAGAUUUGAUAACUAAAACGUGAAUAAAAAGGGAAAAAAUCAAUUUUAUGAUUAUCUAUUUUUGUCUA